GAGAUGGAGAGGGUGAAAAUGAGGGUGAGAAGGAAGAGGGGCAAAUAGCAACCUGAUUACCGUACCGUAUUCUGUUUUUCUUUUUUCCCUUCUUUUUCCUGCAGCCUCCAGUGCAGGGUCGCAACGCGGACGGCAGGCGGAUUAGGCCAUUUACCCCUCCCCCUCCUCUCCUUUCUCGUCCCUCUCCCCGUAUGAUAGAAAGCAUUAUUCCCAUCUUAGCCCGAACUCACUCGCACCACCACUGCCUAUCAUACCAUACCACCACCAGCAGGCCCCGGUUCCUGCCUUCCACCUAACCCUCUACCGUUACCAGACUCCCAUCGUCCCUAGACCAGACUUCAUACAAGCCGCUUUGUCUCUUGAACCUUUCUCCACCGUACGUACAGUACCUCCAUCCUCCCCCCCUUGCAGCACGUCCACUUCUACCGCCACCCCUUCCUUCCUUUCGCUACCCGGCGACCGGCUCUCCGCAUUUAUCUACACUCCAUCAUCGGUCCUCUGCCAUCGAGUGACCAUCCGGAAAGCAAACACCGAACAUUCCCUGCCUCAUCCAUCCAUUCUCCAUCCCGCCACUGACACCAACCCCUCGAAAUCGCAACGCAGUGGUCCACCUCAGACGCUAUCACCUCCCCGGUUAGAUUUCCAGUCGGUAACAGCUUGUGCCAGCUGCUGGAAUCCUCCCCCCUACGACAAACAUCACCCAUCCUCCCUCUAGCAACGGCGUUUCGCGAUGGGUAAAACGUGAGUGUUUGCUUCCCGUCUUGUCUGCCUUUGCUUGUGCUACAUGGAUUCUCACUGCGGCUGUUAUGGAUCCACUCGCCCCGCAAUACUGGUCAUGUGAUGGGCUUAAUUUUGCCCAUAUUACACGUUUGCUCAUUUGCUGAUGUCUGGUGUUCCAGUCAGUCAAAGCUCACUCAGGAUCAGUUGCAGGAGUUGCAGAAGGCCACACUUUUCGAACGUAAGGAACUUCAGCAAUGGUACAAAGGUUUGUCGGAACAUCUUCCCCACCCAAUUUCUUAUUCCUUCAUCCUACUGUAGCUAUGAUAGCCAGUGGGAAAUAUCAGUCUCCUUCGCUCCAAAUCGCCAUCUCCCCCGAGCUCGGAUUGAUGAUUUUUCUUCUUCCCUUCAGGUUUCCUCAAGGACUGCCCUACUGGGUCUCUUGGAAAAGUCGAAUUCCAGAAGAUCUACAAGCAGUUUUUCCCCUUCGGUGACCCGACUACUUUUGCGGACUAUGUCUUCAAGGUGUUUGACGCGGACAACUCUGGUCAGAUUGAUUUUAAGGAGUUUAUCGUCGCUCUGAGUGUCACCUCACGUGGAUCCUUGGAGGACAAGCUCAAUUGGGCGUUUCAGCUCUACGAUAUUGAUGGCGAUGGAGAGAUUAGUUACGAGGAGAUGUUGAUGAUUGUGGAGGCUAUCUAUAAAAUGGUGGGUUGACAGUGCGUUAGCCGAUCGUUCACUGCUGCGCCAAGAUCCAUGUUGGCUAUCCUAACCACAAUAGACUCUCCUCCCCGAACCCUGUUCCCCCCUGAACUUGCAACUAACGCUAUCAAUGAUCUCAUAGGUCGGAUCUAUGGUAAAACUUCCUGAGGACGAGGACACACCUCAAAAGAGAGUUACAAAGAUUUUUAAGAUGAUGGAUAAGGAUGAGGUACACAUCUCCAUGGACUCUAGGGCUAAGCAAUAUAACUAACUAGGAGCUUAGAACGGAAGCUUGACCCUAGCUGAAUUCCGUGAAGGAAGCCAAAAGGACGCAACCAUUGUCUCUGCUCUAUCCCUCUACGAUGGGCUCGUCUAAUGCUUGGCGCUAUUUUCUUUUCUUUUUUUCCCCUCCCCAUUUGGUCUCUUCACUGUUCCUAUUCCUUUUUCUCCUACAUUUCUUUGCUCGCUCACAGGUGCUUCCUGCGACAUCGAGAUCACGAUAUCUUGCGCUCGCAUUCCUCUUACCCCUCCCGAGCCUAGAGUUCGAAUAACUAGUAUCUAGCCAUAGCUCGAAGCCUUUAUAUGGUCACAUGAUGAAUUUCACUUCAGUUUACCGGUAGUUCAGAGAGGGAUCGCCGAAUUUGUGUCGUUGCCUGUUUCAAGUUGGUGCGAAGCUCAAUGGGCAUGGGUUUCUCUUGGUUUCCUCUUCUCUCUCCAUUUGUGUCUUUUCAAGUCUAUGGAAGUUCAAAGAACGGAGCCCAUGUUGGAAUUGUCUUUUUCAUUGCUCUUCACUCGGCUUUGUUUGUGUGGGGAGCUCAACGCAGUCUUCCGACCUUGUUUAUUACCCAACUUGCCAUUUCCGGGGUUAAGCUAU